UUUUCUCUUUUGUCAACGAUUACGUUGUUCCUAAAGUUGUCUUUUUAGCGUAACCAGGGAAUAAGCUGAGUUGUUAUAACACUGAACCUUUUUAACCUGGGGAAAGUUACUUACGUAAAUCCGGAUAGUGGAGUGAAUUUUUGCUGAAGCGAAGACAAAUCCUUCGGGAUAUUUCUUGAGUCCUGCAGACAACCAAACAACCAAAACACAAAAAAAGUCCCUGUCAUGGCGCCCAAAUAUGAUAAACAGAAGUAUUAUAAUGCUCAAAUACGUGAGCUUCCUUACAGUAUAAUACACAAGCUGUCGGCCAUGCUGGAUGAUCCAUACAAUAAGACCUUGAACUGGCAAGGACUGAUAAGUGUUAUGCCAGAGGGUUCCUACUCUCAAUUGCAGGUUUCCCAAUUUGGACUUGCAGCUAUGCGCAUGGGUGGUAGCCCUACCGAGUGCCUUCUUCAAGACAUGAGAACAAAAUGCAGGACAGUCAAGCAGCUGGUGUCGUACUUGGAGCUAAUGGAGCAUUCAGAGGCUUUGGAAUUACUGAAACCUGAUGAGCCCCCUGUCAUCACAGAACAACCAAUGUCUCUUCCAGUACAAGAAGGCUUGAAGCUGGAGCUCACUUGUAGAGCCACAGGCUUUCCUCCCCCUCAAUAUCAAUGGGUGAAAAAUGGUGCAGAAUUACCUUAUGGGUGUGACUCCACCCUGACCAUAGACAGGGUAUCCCGACAGGACCAGGGCAAAUACUUCUGCAUCAUAAGCAACAGGAUAGGCUCUGUUAAGACUUAUGAGGUUGAAGUCAAUGUUCUGAGGGUGCAACGUCAUGAACAAGAAGAGGAGACGCCCUUACCUGAAAGUUCAUCCCUCCCUUACAUCACUCAACAGCCCCAGUCUGCUCUCAUUCCUAUUGGACACAGAUAUCACCUCACUUGUGGAACCAAAGGCCCUGUCAAAUUCCAGUGGUUCAAGGAUGGCUUCAGAUUACAUGAGGGGCAGCGGCCUAAUCUCCAUUUUCCCACAUUCAACUUCCAAGAUGAGGGCAACUAUACAUGCCGUGUGUCCAACACCGCAGGCAAUGCCCUGUCUGCAACUGCUACCCUGCAGGCCUUACCGGAUCAGCUUGACAUAAAUGCUGGACAGCAUCCAGAUGUAGGUAGAUCUAUGGAGUUAUCCCAGACAGCUGCAGACAAAGUUGCCUUGGUGAUCGGUAACCGUGACUACAUCAAUCUACCUGAGGAUGGCUCUCCAUUGGUCCAUUCGUGUAGUGAUGCUCAAAGACUGGCUUCUGUCCUCAGGAAGAAUUCCAUGAACUUUAAAGUUGUGUCAAUGGUUAACUUAACCCGAGUAGAGAUGGACAAGGCUAUCAAUUUAUUCCUCGACCUCCUCGGUGAAAAUGUUUACGGCUUGCUAUACUUCGCCGGCCAUGGCUUCGAGGAACAGGGCCAGAACUACAUGGUUCCUAUAGACGCCGAGAGGGACUGGGCCCCUGACGAGGCGGUCUGUGUACAGAAGGUGUUCGAGAUGAUGCAUGCGCGCGGCACUCAACUGAACAUCUUCCUUCUGGACAUCUGCAGGAAGAGAGCCGUGACGAGUCAGGCCUACAAGAUGGAAACCUACUCCUUUCCAUUUGACGCCCAGCUCGUCACUGGAUACGCCACCUGUAAAGGGAGCGAUGCAUACGAGCGAAAGAGUGACAGUAACGGCAUUUAUAUGAAGCAUCUCCUGAAUAACAUCACGUUGGACGUGAAGGUGGAAGACGUACUGCACCGAGUCGCGGCAGACGUUGAGGACGAGGUCGCUAUGGAUGAGUACACAGAGCGUCAGCGACCCCAGUACGAUAGCAAGACUUCAAGCUCUUUCAGUCUCAGGGACCCUGUGGAUCCAAAACUGAGCCCGCAAGAGGAGCGAGAACAGCGCAGCGGUAUUUGGCUGGAGUUGCAUAGGUUACCAGAAAAGCACGUGAUCGAGCACCGUGGAUGCCGGGUCGAGGUCCGGUUCGAGCACACUAACUGGCUUUCUAACGUAAUCGUGGUCUGUCUCCGCGUGCUGGAGCUCGGCGAGACAAAGAUCUGUGACGCGAGUCUCAGUUUGCGGAAUCUGCCACAGGACUUUCAAGACUGCCAUUUUCACCCGUCGACGACAAACAUCUUGAGGCAGGUCGUACCGCGGGAGUAUCAAGACGAAAUUCGAGCACGUACAUGGAAGAUCGACUCCUCCCCUGAGAAAGAGCCUGCCCCAGUCCCUGUCGAGCGGAUAAGCGAAAUUUACAACAUACAAAGGUUAAAGAAAAACCUGACCUUAACGAUCAAGUUAAAGUAUGUGCUACGUGGAUGCGAAGAGCCAGAGAGCAAAUACGAGAUCAAGGCCUUUAACAUCAAAGAGUUCGGCAUUGCUAUGGCAUUUUGCUAAAAGAGACGGCUUCUAACAACGAGGAAUUCGGCAUUGUUACGGCAUUUUGCAAAAAGGGAUGAGCUUUAAAAACGAGUAUUACAUAUUCUGGGUGAUAUUCACCCAAUAUACCCCCUGUAAUCCGCCCCUGAUUGCUACAGCUUGUAUCAAGAAGCUCGAGAUGUUUGAAAGGCGUGAAAUUAUACAAAGGAUCGCAGUUUUUAUAGCAUUAAUUAAGCAGGCUUCAGGCGCGUACCCAGGAUUGGCCGAGGGGGUGCGCUGUCAUAGGUAUCAUAUGGAAAUAGAAUAGUAUUUAAAGAUUCCUUAAUAAGAAAUGACCCACUUUUCAGCCGCCAAGGGGAGGUGCGAGCGCCCUUCAAACCCCUCUGUGUACGCGCCUGGGCUUUGAAAAUCCUCACGAGUACCCACGAGUAGUUUGCCACCGCUACAUAGCAGACUGCCACGCCCUCUGGAUACUGCCAAACUGUAAAUGAGGAAGUAAAAAAAUGUAACGUCGGUACAUUAUAUUAUAUGACUACUACUAUGAAUUACAAAGUAAUGUCUUCCUUUUCGUGUUGAAAUAAUUUUUAUGUAAAAAUAUUGAAUAUUAUAAUCGACAUAACAUAAAGUAGAAAAAUGAUCACACAUAGACGGGCGUAGCAAGGGUUUUGGCUUAGGAGGCCAAAAAUACAGUAAAUGUAUGAGACAUUAUCUAAAAUACAGGAGAAAAUGCAUUGAAAGUCCCUUUUGACCCCCCCCCCCCCCCCCCCCUGUCAACAAUCCUGGCUACGCCGCCGCAUAGAUAAUCGUGUGUACUAACUCUAAACAUCUUUGCUGUUUACGUAAACAGUUGUAAAUAGGUCUGAAUCCGCAUAUGAAGAAAAUAAAAACAACAUAUUUACA